CUCGCUCCCUCUUGCAGGGUGUUCUCGCUCUCCUCUCCCCCGACGCACGCGGCCCCGGAGGCCCCCGGCUCCCCUCCCUGGGAGCGUCUGUCCGGGCCAGGGCCGCGCCAUGCCCAGCCCCGUGCCGCGAGCCAGCCGGCCGCCCGCUGCCCGGGGCGCUCGGCUCCAGCCCGGGUCCCCCGCGCCCCAGAGCCACUCCGCGCGCCCAGGCACGCCCCGCGCUCCCGGGCGCCUCGAGUCCUCCUUCUCCGUCGAGGCCAUCCUGGCCAGGCCCGGCCCCCGCGCGCCCGCCACCCCCCCUGCCUUGGGCCUCGGGACCAUUCCCUCUCGGUCCCCGGCCCCGGUUGUGCCCUGGGCGUGCCCGGCGACGUGGCUGCCCGCCUACCUGAGCGUGGGGCUCUACCAGCCGUGCCCUCAGCCCCCUGUGCUGGGGUUGCGCGUGGCUCACUUCUGCGGCCUCCAGGGCCUCGGCGUCACAGGCUCGGAGCUGGCUCACUGCCCAGGCCUCUGGGGUCCCCCAGACUGGGCACCGGUGGAGGCCCUUCAGGCCACUGAGAGACCCCAAAAGAGAGUUCGAACUAUGUUUAAUUUGGAGCAGCUGGAAGAGUUGGAGAAAGUGUUUGCAAAACAGCACAAUCUGGUGGGGAAGAAGAGAGCCCAGCUGGCUGCCCAGCUCAACCUGACGGAGAACCAGGUGAGGGUCUGGUUCCAAAACCGCAGGGUCAAGUAUCAGAAGCAGCAAAGGCUGAAACUGCCCGCCACGUCUGCCAUUGCUGCAUCCCUGGAUGAGCCCUCCAGCAGCUCCGACACCAGCAUCCAAAGAGAAGAUACCGAGUCAGAAGUGGACAGCUGAGGACCAGGACAGAGGCUCAGUGCAGGCUGUCUGAGCUAGUUCUUCCUGGGGACACCCACUGGACCUGCCUGCCCCACUUCUUAAUGAAGAGCCUCGACAGGGUCAAAGGGCACCAGGGGAAUCUGAACUGUCAAGCAGGGGCCCCCUUUUCUAUAUUGACCCCUGGGAGCUGGAAUAAUGAAAAUGGUCAGGGGCACAGACUUUAGCCUUCAGCUAUGUCCUUGGCCAAGUUAUUGAACUUCUGAGCCUUUUUCUUCAUCUGUAUAAUGGGUGUGUUGAUAACUUAGAGCUCCCAGGGCUGAGAUGACGUCUAUAAAGCACUUAUAGUGUGCCAGGCCCAGUGCUGUGCUAACUGUUAAGGCUUAUAGGCCCCCUUCACCUGGGGGAGUGGUGCCCACACCAGCCCUGGACUCUCUAGGGAUUAGUCGUCUCCUGGCCUGGCUGUGGAGGAGAAGGAGCCUCCCUGAGUCAGGGCACAGAAGACUUCCCUACCAGAGGUGGUGGAGUUGAGAGCAGAGGAGGAAAAGGUAGACCGUUUAGCCCACUUCCCCUUACAGAGUUCCCCCAAAUUUUCUCGUUUUGUCUGAACUGUUACCACUCUCAAAAGGAGCUCCGGCCCAGCUGCCUUCUUGGAAUAGACAUGCUACCCUGACCACCAUUUUUUUCCCUCCGGUUACCUGCCUUGACCCCUUCUCCAUCUUUAUAUAGAAUAGAGACACUGGACUCUGCCUUUGCCAAGAUAGGCAUUUUGUCAUAAAUUCUGCUUUAUUUUCAUGGGGUGGUUAUUAUUUCCUCCCCUUCACAAUCCUGACUUAUGGCUCCCUUUCCUUCCCAGGAAUCUGCUCAUUUCUAAGAAGCCUAGCUGAUAGCCUACACCUGUGGGGCCUUCCAUUAACAUUUCCAGAGCUGAUUUCUCUAGUGCUCCACCUUCUUGGGUGGGUCUCUGUUGAGGGUAUUGAUUUAGAAUCUAGAAUGGCUUCUGAGUGCUGAGGUGAGCUGGUGGAAGGAGGUCUGCCCUGUCAUCUGGUGGUCAGAGAGACCACGGUCUCCAGUUGCUCUAGAAUUUUCUGAGGGAGAGAGAGAGGAAAGUUGGGGAGCAGAGACAGCCUUGCAAAACUACCUGCCCCCAAGGCAGUGGACCAUGCUGUCUGGGAUACCAGGCUGCAGCUGGAGGGAUGCCAGGGUCCGGCUUCAAGAAUUCUACCCUGUCCCUGUCUUCAGGGACAUCCUUCCUAAUGCUGGACCCAAAGUCAACUCUGUUAAUCAAAGGAACUCAGCCACACUUGCCUCUUCUAGGAACAACUGGCUCGCCUCUUUUUUUUUUUUUUUUUUCAAAUCAGCAGUUACCUAUUCAGCAGUUACUGGGUUUUACCCAAGCCCAAACGUCACUAUGAGACCAAAGCAAAUGCAGACAUAGGUUCCUUUACCAGGAGCACAGAGUCAAUUGCAGGACAAGGAAACAAGAUAAGGUACAGCGGUCAGGCUUGGCUGUGGUGACAGAUGCUUUAGGUCAGUGGUUUGCAGCUUUUGGGGUCCUAAAUGAGAGAACAGGUCCCACUCCUGUUGUCAGGACAAUGUGCCUAUCACACUUCUGCAUACAAUUUCAGGGGUCCUCAGACCUGAGGUCAACUAUGGACCCUCCUCCAUUCCCCACUCCCACCCCCAGCUAGGGACCCCAGGCUGCAAAGUCCCUAAGCCCCUGAAGAGUCUGAGGGAGACUCAGGUCCCACUUAAUCUUUCACAGGACUGUCUGCCCCGCUGCCAGAGGCCCACAGAGAAGGGAAAUCUCGCAUCAGACUUUCUUUGCGGGACGGAUGGGUGGAGUAAGCUAGUCCGGGCUAAGGGUCAGGGGAUAGGAGUAAAUCAGCCCGCUGCUCUCCCACGCCUCAGCUGGGUCCAGGGAUGGGUCCAAAGACCUCUUGACUCAAGACUGGCCACUGGGUGGACAGAGACAACAGACAUCCAUACAAAGAUGAAGUCGGACACAGACACAUCAAAACAACACACACACACUCUCUCUCUGAUAUAGAGGUACACUCUGGCCCCGAAGACAAAACCGUACCGAUGUAAAAGCACAAAAGCCCAGCUACACCCAGUCAACGAACUAAGCGAUCUAAACACGUAGAUAAAAGAGACCAGAAUUUGGACUCGCUAACGCACGAACCCUGGCAGCCUCGC